AUGCCCUCCAUUUACUUGUUUUGUCGCCGCGCCGCACGUCGGUCGGACCGUACCGACCGCGAAGCUUCACCGCUACCUAGCUCGUCGAAGCUUCCUUCGCCAACGCACAUUCACGGCACCGUCUCGAGGCUCGCGAGUGCAUGCCGCCUCCCGCAACCCCAUCAUGCCGACGAAUUCGACCUUGCGUCCGAAUUUGUCGAGCUCAAGCCUUGUCCUGCCGAAGUCCGUCCACAUCGGAAACGUUCGCCAACUACGACAACCAUCGUGUUGGAUAUUAGCGCCGCGAAUGUACAAAGCAGCCCUAGUGCCCAAUCCGACGCGAGCAGCUCGCGCACGGAGACUCCGUCACCCAAAGACUACAAGCCUGCACUGGAGCCGUACAUCCCGCAUAUGGCGCCCUCUGUGCGUGCGCGUGCUCGUGUGCAAUCUGCGCCGCGCUCUGCAUCCCUUCCGCGCUCGUCAUCCUCUCCACGUUCAUCAUCAAUACCUCGUCCCCCAGCCGGUCCACGUGCCCCUGUACGUUCGCGUACGUCCUCAAGCACGCACACAUCUUCGCCAGCAUCGCCGCGCAUAUCCAUCCCGCCUGUUCCGCCUCCCGUGCACACGCGCGCAUCGUCCUGGCACAUGGUGCCGCCUGUAAGCAUCGUUCCACCGACACCGGCCGACAUCGUGCCGACCGCAAGCCCUGUCAGUCUCAAUAGCCCCCGGUCGCGAUUAUCAGCGCCUGGGAGCCCAUUGCGCCCGCUGCCUGUGCCGCCGCCAUCAGCGCCCGCGCGCACCGGUGAAUAUUUCGCCGGUGCUCAGGGUGCAGUGAUGGCUGCGCAGGGAGACGGGCUACAGCGCGAGAUGGAGAGGGAAAGGAAGUUGAGAAAUGUCAGGAGUGCUUUCGACCUGGGUAUGGGCGAGAGGGAGAGGGAGAGGAAAGGACGGGUGGAGAAGACGAGGUCAAUGCCAGGUGGAGAGCCGUGGGAGGCACCGCCGCCGUAUGAAUUCUGA